GUCGGUAUUCCAGAGUACGGAGAAGAGCAGCGGUCGGUAUUACAGAGUACGGAGAAGAGCAGCGGUCGGUAUUCGAGAUCUGCCGCGUCGCAGAAGAAUCACACUCGAACCUCAACAGAAAAAAACCCAACUCAAAACAAGAAGUGAACUCGAACGAACCUGAGAGAAAACGGAGCCUUUGUUUUCGGAAGCAGCAGGGAGCCGAACCGGAGGAAAAGAUGAUGAGUUUUCUGCCAUACUUCUCCGCUGAGACCUGGACCCUCCUGGCCCUCCUCAUCACCCUCAUUGUAGUGUACGGGUACUGGCCCUAUGGUGUAUUCACUAAGAUGGGUAUCCCUGGUCCCAAACCCCUACCUUACUUUGGCACAAUGAUGGAGUAUAGAAAGGGCUUCACUACCUUUGACACAGAGUGCUUUCAGAAGUACGGGAGAAUCUGGGGGAUCUAUGAUGGGAGGCAGCCUGUUCUGUGUAUCAUGGACAAAAGCAUGAUCAAGACCGUCCUGAUUAAAGAGUGUUACAGCAUCUUCACCAACCGCAGGAACUUCCAUCUGAAUGGUGAGAUGUUUGAUUCGUUGUUCGUUGCCGAGGACGAUACAUGGAGACGGAUCCGCAGUGUCCUCUCACCUUCCUUUACCUCUGGACGACUGAAAGAGAUGUUUGGUAUCAUGAAGCAGCACUCUGCUAACCUGCUGAACGGAAUGAAGAAGCAGGCAGAUAAAGACCAGACCAUCGAAGUGAAGGAGUUCUUUGGGCCCUACAGUAUGGACGUGGUCACCAGCACAGCUUUCAGUGUGGACAUUGACUCUCUGAACAACCCUUCAGACCCCUUUGUCUCCAACGUCAAGAAGAUGCUCAAGUUUGACCUGUUCAACCCACUGUUGCUACUAAUCUCUUUGUUUCCCUUCACUGGUCCGAUCUUGGAGAAGAUGAAGUUUUCUUUCGUCCCAACUGCGGUGUUCAACUUCUUUUACGCCUCGCUGGCGAAGAUCAAAUCUGGACGUGACUCUGGGAACUCAACUAGUCGGGUGGAUUUCUUACAGCUGAUGAUCGACUCUCAGAAAGGCAACGACACAAAGACAGGAGGGGAACAGACUAAAGGACUGACUGAUCAUGAGAUCUUGUCUCAAGCCAUGAUCUUCAUCUUCGCCGGCUACGAGACCAGCAGCAGUACUAUGAGUUUCCUGGCCUAUAACCUGGCAACCAACCCCCAUGUCAUGACCAAACUGCAGGAGGAGAUAGAUACUGUGUUCCACAACAAGGCUCCAAUCCAGUACGAAGCUCUGAUGCAGAUGGACUAUUUGGACUGUGUGUUGAACGAGUCUCUGAGACUGUACCCCAUCGCCCCGCGACUGGAGAGGGUCGCCAAGAAGACGGUGGAGAUCAACGGCAUCGUCAUCCCCAAAGACUGCGUUGUCCUGGUUCCCACGUGGACCCUCCACCGUGACCCAGAGAUCUGGUCUGACCCUGAGGAGUUCAAACCAGAGAGGUUCAGUAAGGAGAACAAGGAGUCUAUUGAUCCGUACACGUACAUGCCGUUUGGGGUGGGGCCCAGGAACUGUAUCGGGAUGCGCUUCGCCCUGAUCAUGAUCAAAUUGGCCAUGGUCGAGAUCCUCCAGAGUUUCACUUUCUCCGUCUGCGACGAGACCGAGAUCCCAUUGGAGAUGGACAAGCAGGGUUUGCUGAUGCCCAAACGACCAAUCAAACUGAGGCUGGAGUCCCGUAUCAACACCCUUAGCAAUACCACCGCCACCUCUCUGACAAGUCCAACAACAUGA